CGAAGAGACGAUAUUUGCAUCACCACCAAACACCACCACACACAAUGGCGGCCCCGACGACAUUACCAGCGCUGCUGACGUCGCUGACGCAGUCGCUAUCCUCUGCCCUCGAGGUCACCCCGAGGAUCGCCUCCAUCGAGCACCAGAAGGAUGGCAUCUCCCUCCUCGACGUCAAGAACGAGCUUCUGCUCUCCUACCUGCAGAACCUCGUCUUCCUGAUCCUGCUCAAGCUCAGGAACUCCAAGUCCGAUACCGACGGCUCGGAUUCAGACAACACCGAGCUGGACGAGUCGGUCCGCUCAAAACUCAUCGAGAUGCGCCUCUACCUCGAGAGAGGCGCCCGCCCGUUGGAGGAGAAGCUGCGCUUCUCCAUCGACCGAUUCCUUCGCACCGCAGACGACGCCGAGCGGGAGAGGAAAGUAAAGGAGAUGGGACUGAACGCAGCCAAUGGCUCAGACUCUGAGGCUGGCUCAGAUGCCGAGGACGACGAUGAGGUCGACAGCGACGCAGGCCAGGUUUCGCAUAGGCCCGGCAAGCACUCUGCAGCACCCAACUUCGGCACCCUGGUCGACGAUGUGGCCGGAAAGCCCUGGAAGGGCACCGACGAUGCCUCGGGCGUCUACCGCCCCCCGAAGCGAGACCGCCAGGUCAUGGACGCCGCGCAGCGCCAGAAGGCCAACCGCCGGCCCAACAAGUCGCACACCAUGGACGAGUUCGUCGAGUCCGAGCUGGCAGUGGCGCCCAUGGCCGAGCCCAGCAUCGGCACCACCAUCGUGCAGGGCGGCCGCAAGAUGAAGACGACGGCCGACCGCAAGGAGGAGGCGGAGCGCCGUGACUACGAGGAGAUGAACUUUGUGCGCCUGCCCAAGGAGAGCAAGAAGGACCGCGCCCAGAAGGCCAAGCAGACGGGCCGCAGCAACCGCAUGAUGUUCGGCGGAGAGGAGUGGCACAACCUGGGCGAGGGCGUCGACCGCAUCGACCGCCUGACGAAGCGCAAGGCGGGCGCCGCCGGCGGCGUGCGCGCCAUGCUGGACAAGAGCCGGAAGCGCGGCCUCGACACGACGGACAGUCCGCGGGGCAGCGGCCGGGCCGCCGAGAUUGGAGAGAGGUUUCAGAAGAGGGUCAAGAUGUUGGAAGGCGGACGACGAGACCGGGGCAAGAACAGGUAGACGCUACGGGCAUAAUAGAAUGGAUUUUACGGGCGACCCAACGCAUUGCCAACUGGCCUUUGAAGAAAUUCUUGUUACAUAUACACAUGGUACAGAGCAGAAUAGGAAUGUGAUCCUUUUCGGCUCUGUAAGAAUCACCCUGUGGAUCAUAUACUGCUCUUGGCGUAGCUCUAGAGUCUGCUUCUAAAGGAAAACGCUGAUAUGUAUUAUUCUAGAUAAUA